CGCAAGCCGUAGCAGCUAGAAACCAUCCCACUCAGAGAAAACGGGGGGCAGAGCCUCCCUUCGGCAUUAUUGUUGACACGUACUGGACCUAGAAGGAAAAAAAAGGAAUAAUCUGACAAGCCAUCAUGAAGUUUGUCCGCUUUAUAAUGAAAAACGCCGCGUUGGCUAGCGCGCCGAAGCACAUCGAGCAUUUCUCCAAAUUCUCUCCGUCUCCGCUCUCCAUGAAGCAGUUCAUCGAUUUCGGUUCAAUCAAUGCCUGUGAAAAGACAUCCUUUGUCUUUUUGAGGCAGGAGCUCCCGGUGAGACUCUCCAACAUCAUGAAGGAGAUCAACCUCCUGCCAGACAAGCUGCUCACUACUCCCUCAGUUCAAAUGGUGCAGAGAUGGUAUAGUCAGAGUUUAGUGGAGAUCCUUGACUUCCUAGACAAGAAUCCAGAUGACCACAGAGUGCUUGCAGAGUUUGUCGAUGCCCUGGUUACCAUCAGAAACAGACACAACGACGUGGUGCCGACCAUGGCGCAGGGGGUCAUCGAAUACAAGGAGGUUUUUCCCCAGGAUGUGGUCACCAACCAGAACAUCCAGUAUUUUCUGGAUCGCUUCUACUUGAGCCGCAUCUCCAUACGAAUGUUGAUCAACCAACACACUCUUGUGUUUGAUGGCACCACUAACCCAGUCCACCCAAACACAAUAGGAAGCAUUGACCCUCAAUGCAACGUAGGAGAUGUAGUCCAAGAUGCCUUCCUCAGUGCUAAGAUGUUGUGUGACCAGUAUUACCUCCGCUCUCCUGAUUUGGUUCUGCAAGAAAUGAACCACAAGACGAAGAGUCACCCCAUAAGCAUCGUUUACGUGCCCUCCCACCUUUACCACAUGUUGUUUGAGCUUUUCAAGAAUGCUAUGAGAGCUACCAUUGAGACUCAUGAAAACAGCAACAGCCUCCCACCCAUUAAAGUCAUGGUGUCUCUCGGUGGAGAGGACAUGUCAAUCAAGGUGAGCGACAGAGGCGGCGGCGUUCCGUUUCGCAAGAUCGAGAACCUUUUCAGCUACAUGUACUCCACUGCUCCUGCCCCACAGAUCAGCGACCACUCCAGUGCACCCUUGGCUGGAUUUGGCUACGGCCUUCCCAUUUCUCGUCUCUACGCUAAGUAUUUCCAGGGGGAUCUGCAGCUUUACUCGAUGGAGGGUUUCGGCACAGAUGCUGUCAUCUACUUGAAGGCUCUUUCCACGGACUCUAUCGAAAGGUUGCCAGUGUACAACAAAACUGCUCUGAAGAACUACAAAGUGUGCCAGGAGGCUGAUGACUGGUGCGUGCCCAGUAAAGAACCCUUAGAUCUGCGCAAAUACAAGGUGGCCUAGUGAGACCUUCGGGUGCAACCGCUGCUUUAAGACUACAAGGCAUGGAUUCUCCAUGAACCAUGUCCUAGUAUUCCCAUGGGAUCAUGGCAGAUGAGCUUCUCACACCUCCCAGAACCAGAGCAGAUUUCAGCCGACGUCAUCAGUAGCAUGUAAUUUCCAGCUUCUGUCAUUCAUUUUGGUUUCUGUAAUAGAAAAUUAGACAACCUCGGAACUGCUACUAACAGGACAUUUAAAUAAAGUUACCAUUGAGACCUGGGGAAGCAGCCCAAGUGCUGCUGAAAUGAGACUUGGCAUCAAGUGGUAAAAGGUGGAACCAUGUGCAGGUGGGGGGAGACGGAGGAGGGCACCCAGCCCGUUAUUGGGUGUCAGAAAAUGAGAGAGAAGUCGAGAAUAAGAGUGGACAGAGGAAGUUGAAAGUGAUCCAGCAGUUUUGAGUCAGAUGUAGAGGCUUUUACAUAACAGUGAAAUCUGAUGUUCAUCUAUGCCUUAUAGUAUCAAAUCCUCCCAAAGGCGCGUUUUGUUUAAAUACUUGAACGAUCACAACUGAUAUUUGCACCUUACAUUUGAUGGUACUGUAAUUGUGUUUGGUUUGGGAAUUUUGAGCAAAUGCUAGACUCUGGAGUUCUUUUUUUUUUUUUGCAUGAAUUUUCUGAUAGACUUUGUAUUUCAGCCUUUGCAAAUGUAAAAAAAAAAAAAAAAAUGAUCUUGUGCUCAGUUUUCUGGACCAGGCUGAAUUUAGUCCUCCUGUUUUGUGCAUUAUUUGUAAGAAAUACAAAGAAAAAGGGCAUAAUUUUCAACAAGCUGCAGCCCCACUGGGCCCAAGUUUGCUGUCAGUCCAUCAGAGUAUUUGCGCGCCUUGUCUCAAAGCUAGCAUCUUGAAGACGAAGUCAUUGUAAAUGAGUGUUAUUAAGCCCCAGUGGGUGCAUUGUUUGUGGUUUUAAUAGGCCAGUUCUUCGCACAGUGCCAAAUGAGACUGCCGAGGGUCCAGAUGUGUUCACAGUAGUUUUUAUUGUGUUUAUCUAACUCAUGCAGUAUGUAAAAUGUUAUUUUUAUAGCUACACUUUGACUGAAAUAAAUGUAAAUACUGUUAAUAAAAACAGAAACACCUGUAGGCAAAAUGCUA